AUGUUAAUAUUUGCAAUUGGUUCAGCUUAUGAAGAUACGAUUCUUUAUGUUGACAAGUUUCCUCCUGAAGAUGGCAAACAAAGAGCUCAAAGAGUUGAAAAAAGAAGGGGAGGAAAUUCUGGUAAUACAUUAACAGUAUUAUCACAAUUUCCAUUGACACGUUGCCAUUUCAUGGCAUCUAUGGCAUCAAAAGAAGCAUCUGCAAAUAAUGCAAGUCAUGCGCCAGUAGCGUAUAUAAUACACGCAGAUAGUACAGGCUCUAGAACAAUUAUAAAUUAUAAUAGUAUAGAUGAAUUAAUAUUUGAUGAAUUUAAACACAAUUUUGAUAAAAUUUGUACUGAAGACAUAGUCGAAGAUGACGAUAAGAUUAUACCUUUUAAUUGGAUUCAUUUUGAAGGACGUAAUGCAGAAGAAGAGGCGAAGAUGAUUGAUUAUAUUGACACUAAAGAAUGGAGAUCUAAAGCUAUGGUUAGCGUAGAAAUGGAAAAACCGUAUCGUAGAAAUUUAGAAGUCUUGAUGCAUAGAGCCGAUGUAUUAUUUUUUUCAAAAGUUUUUGCUGAAGGGAAAGGAUACAAUGACGCAGGAAAUUUUUUACAAAUAAUGGCACCAUUUUGUAAAAAUACCGCAUAUUUGUUUUGUACAUGGGGAAGUUCAGGUGCCAUGUGUUAUCACAAUCCAACACAAAUGCUGUAUAAUUCUUCUGCUUUUCCAAUACCCAAUAUUGUUGAUUCUGUAGGAGCAGGUGAUACAUUUAUUGCUGGGGUGAUCUAUGGAUUAACUCAAGAAUUAUCACCUGAUGUUUGUUUAAAAUUUGCGUGUGAAUUAGCAGGACGUAAAUGUGCACAGAUUGGUUUUAAUAAAGUUGUGGAGAGAAUGGGAAAAUAG